AGUUUAGAGCUGGUUCCUCCUCUCUCACCCUCACCUCGCCUCUCUCUCUCUCUCUCUCUCUCUCUCUCUAAAAAUGCCAUCAAUGGCCUCAAACCCUAGUUCCAAUCUCCAGCCCGAACAAGAAACCCUAGACGAAGAAGAAGAAGAGAUGAGCCCCCCUGACGUCGAAUCUUCUGGAUCAAACCCUAGUUCCAAUCCACAACGCGGACGAGAAACCCUAGUUGAAGAACAUGAGAGAAGGCCCAAUGCCAUCGAAGCUGAUGCAGAUGAUAGUAUGUCCACAAAUGAUGAUGAUGAUAUUUAUGGUAGCGAUGAUCUUUUGGGUAGCGAUGAUGAUGAUGGUACAGAGUAUGGCGAUGGUGAUGAUGAUGACGAUGAUUCUGAUGAUGAUUCUGAGGAGGAGGAGGAGGAGGAAGAGGAAGAAGAAGAAGAAGGAAAUGGGAUCGAAAGCUGCAAUCAAAGCUGUGGUGCUGAUUGCCCCAUUUGCUUACUUUCUUGGAACUCGGACGGUCCGCAUCGAAUUUGCUGUAUUCCUUGUGGACAUAUAUAUGGUAGAUCUUGCUUAGAACAAUGGCUCCAAAGGCAUCAGAGGAAGAGCGCUAAGUGCCCUCAAUGCAGAGAGAAGUUUAAGCAUAAGAACAUCAUCAAUCUACAUGCACAACUAACUACAGCUACAAAUGAAAGCAAUAAUGCGAGUGCAAGUGGAGAAAAAGUUGAAGUUCAAGGCGAGCAAGAGGAACGGCCCUUGACCAAAGCGAAUUGGGAUAUGUUGUGCUCAAGAGUGGACUCCCUGUAUAACAGAAAUGAAAAUUCGCAUUCAAGACUUAGCGGAUUGGGACUUAUCCUUGAGAUGCUGCAAAUCUUGGAAUCAGAAAUAAAAAAUAUUCAGAUAUAAUUGGAUAAAGGAUUGGAAAGAAAAUCGACGAAAUUUCCAGAAACUGUUAGAAUUGUAUAAGAAUCCAUCAGAUGUAUCGGAGAAUCCGUUUGAUACAAUGAGCCUCAACAUUGAAGCAGCUUCUUUAGUAAUUGAAGGGCUUAUUAGGCAAAUAGUGGAUGUAGUGGAUGAAACUGGUUGGAAAAAUGAUAGAUGAACAUAUCAAUAAGAGGUUUGAGGAUUUUAGGAACAAAAUUGGGGUUUUUCCAGUUCCUUCA